AUGCUUCCACGCGAACCAUACAAGGGCCCAACGCGAAAGCUGGUGCUUGCAUUUGAUGUUGGGACCACAUUUAGUGGGGUCUCAUAUUGUAUGCUAGACCCAGGGGAGGUGCCUGUAAUCCGAGGAGUAGCAAGAUACCCCGCGCAAGAGCGUGUCGGAGGUGACUCCAAAAUACCAUCAAUUCUCUACUACGACCUUCAGGGAAACGUCCGCGCUGUGGGUGCUGAGGCUCUUCAGGAGCAUAUCAUCGAAGAGGCAGAAGACGAGGGAUGGGUGAAGCUUGCAUGGUGGAAACUUCAUCUUCGCGCAAAGCAUCUGGCAUCGUCUCACAUACGGGAUGGUGAUAUAGAACCUCUCCCACAAGGCAAAUCCGCAGUAGAAGUCCUCGCCGACUUCAUGAGCUACCUUUUCCAAUGCGCUCGAACUUAUAUCCAGGAAGCACACUUGGAUUUCUGGAGAUCAGUCAAGAACUCCAUUGAGUUCGUGUUCACACAUCCGAACGGUUGGGAGGGUCAACAGCAACAGCAAAUCAGACGUGCUGUCGAGCUCGCUGGUCUCAUCUCGUCUACGGAGGAGCAAUCGCAUGUGCAUCUCUUGACUGAGGGCGAAGCGAGUCUUCAUUUCUGUGUUACCAACGUGAUUGCAUCAGAUACAUUCUCCAAAACCCCUAUGGAUGCGUCGGAUUACUCCGACGACGACGAUGACGAUGACGACGACGAUCAAUCUGACAGCCAGGGAGUCAUUGUUAUCGAUGCCGGAGGCGGAACCAUCGAUCUCAGCGCCUACUCAAUGAAACUAUCCCCGACCUGUUUCGAGGAGAUUGCCCCAGCUGAAUGUUGCCUGCAGGGCUCAGUCUUUGUUACUAAUCGCGCUCGUACUCUUUUACAAAAAAAGCUUUCUGGCUCGGAGCUCUACUCCAACCCAAAGAUCAUCGCACAAAUGACAGAUAUCUUCGACACCAGCACGAAACUUCGGUUCCGUAAGCCCGAUGAACCAUCCUACAUCAGAUUUGGUACUAUCCGUGACAAGGAUCCGAAGUAUGACAUUCGAUCAGGGCAAUUGAAAUUGUCCGGCCAGGACGUCGCCAACUUGUUUGAACCAUCCAUCGAGGCUAUCAUCGAGGCCUUUGAGCAGCAGAGACAUGCGGCUUCAACCCCAAUCAAUUUUGUUUGUUUGGUUGGCGGUUUCGCUGCCAGCGACUGGUUAUUUGCGAAACUCCACGAAUAUUUUCUACCUUUGGGUAUCAGAUUCUGUCGCCCUGAUGCUCAUGCUAACAAAGCUGUUGCUGAUGGAGCAGUUUCGUUCUACAUUGACCACCUAGUGUCAUCUCGAGUGGCACGCGUAGCUUACGGUAUUGAAUGCAGAACACGGUACAACGUUCAAGAUCCUGAACACCUGGUCCGACAACAUAAAGUCGUCAUCGAUGUUGACGGCGGAACGUAUCUCCAUGAGCGUUUUCAGAGCAUCUUGCUGAAAGGAACUCAAGUAUCUGAGCAAUGCGAAUUCCGGAAACCUUUCAUUGCUACCCGGAAAUCACUUGCUGCAUGCAAGAAUCACAGCACGGACAUAAUGUGCUACAAGGGUGCCCUUCAGGAGCCGCAGUGGUUGGACACUGAACCAUCCUCGUUUGCCACGUUGUGCACAAUUCAUGCCAAUCUUCACGAGCUAUCCCGAACACUUCGUCCCAAAAGAUCGGCUUUAGAUCAAUCAAAAUAUUACGAAUUUGAAUUCGACGUCAUCAUUCUAUUUGGCCUUACAGAACUGAAAGCACAGAUCAGUUGGAAGGAAAAGGGUGUUGAAAUGCGGUAAGUCCAAUCCAUAGUGUUAUGAUUAACUGUGUCCCCUCAAUCCGUUAUAGGAGCCCAGCAAGUAUAGUCUACGGCGAGUAGUGUCAAGACCGAACUGCAGCUCUUUACACAUGUUGCACUUGCAAAAGCAUGGCAUUGUGUAGGACAGUCGUACUAUCUGAAUCAUCUAUAUCCAUGUCACCUCAAAUAUUAUCGAGCUAUGCAUAUGUCGAGUCUGGACUCUGAACAACACUCAGAAAUCUCCACUCGUGCUUACAUGUGCUCUCCCAAUACUC